AUUUUUGUGUCUAUUUGCACCCCCCGAAAUGGACGAGGAAUCCGGUUCCGAGUUUCUGGACUUAAUUCUUCCGAUGCUGAAGGAGUUGAAUGUUAUUGAUACUCCUUCGGAUGAGAAGAUCGUGCAGUUUUUGCAACCCGAUGAAUUAGAGGCUAAGUUAAACCUGCAACUCUCAGACGCGUCCAGGCCUCGAUCACACCAGGCCCUGGUGAAAUUGUGCAGAGACUUCAUCAGAUACAGUGUCAAGACUUCGCACAGGGGCUUUUAUAAUCAAUUGUAUGGGGGCAUAGACCCUUAUGGACUUGCAGGGUCUUGGAUUACCGAAGCACUUAAUACCAGUCAGUAUACCUUCGAAGUGGCCCCAUGUUUCGUGUUAGCCGAGCGAGCAGUGAUAAACAGGGCGAAAAAACUGUUCGGGGGCUCCCAAUGGGCCGAAGGAGACGGCCUGUUCUGCCCAGGAGGCUCAUACUCCAACAUGUUGGCCUUGGCUUUGGCCAGAGACAACGCUCCUAUUAACCAGAGGGCCAAGAUAAAUUUCAGAGGACUCAAUGGGGUUGGAGAAAUGGCCGUAUAUACUUCCGAACAGUCUCAUUAUAGUUUAUCAAAAUCCUGUGCCCUCCUGGGAAUCGGCAAAGACAACCUGGUCAAAGUAAAAUGCGACGAAAACGGCAGCAUGGACAUUUCAGCCCUUGAAAAUCUUCUAAAGAAUGGAACCACAUCCAAUUUCAACAAAGGCAAACAGAAUGGUGCAAAUGAAUAUGGUCUAUCGAAUGGUGUGCAGAACCAGGAGGAUGGUAAUCAGAGGGUCCCCAUAAUGGUGAAUGCAACUGCAGGGACAACUGUUCGAGGGGCUUUUGAUGAUUUGGAGAAAAUUGCUGAUGUUUGCGAGAAAUAUAAUAUUUGGAUGCAUGUCGAUGCCUGCUGGGGUGGCAGCCUAAUGUUAUCGAACCAACAUAAACAUCUAUUGAAAGGAAUCGAAAGAGCCGAUUCAAUAUCCUGGAACCCGCACAAGAUGCUUGGUGCCCCCUUGCAAUGCUCCAUGCUCCUGGUUAAGAAAAAGGGCUUGUUGCAUAAAUGUAACAGUUUGGGUGCUGAUUACCUGUUUCAACCCGAUAAAUAUUAUGAUGUGAGCUACGAUACUGGUGAUAUGACCAUACAAUGUGGAAGGAAGACUGAUGCUUUUAAAUUGCUCCUGAUGUGGUUGGCAAGAGGUGAGGAAUCCUUGAGUGAACGUGUGGACAAUUGUAUGGAAUGUUGUCAAUAUUUACGAGAAAGAGUUAGGACAAGGCCUGGAUACAUUCCUGUGUCCGAAGGGGAACAAAAUAAAUGUACAAACGUCUGUUUCUGGUAUGUCCCUGAAUCAAUGAGAGACCAAGAAAGAACUGAAGAAUUCUGGGACAAAAUUCACAGAGUCACGUCAAUUAUCAAAAAGAAAUUAGUUAUGAAUGGAACUUUGAUGAUAGGAUACGCCCCCUUGCCCGCAAAAAUACAAAAGAGCACCUCCAAACCCGAAAAACACUCACAACAUAACCUCAAACACAAAAGUAGUUGUCCGAUGUAUAUUAACACACAGAAUUAUAUAAAAAGUACAGAUAUUAAUGGCACGGGUGUAAAUAAAUGUUUUAACAAUAAUUUUGCUAAAAAUCGACAUGAAAUUAUUGUGCAAAAUGUACGAAUAGACACUACAAAGAACGUUGAUGUUUUUGACACUAAAAUACCGGAAAUUAGGAUAACUGAUUCAAAUUUAACGAAUGGUAAAAUAAUAAACGAUAAUUUAGAUUAUUUUAAGGAUUUAAACAUGAAAACUAAUGGAAAGUUUGAUGAAAACGAAGACGAACUUAAACAAACUGUCAGCCAUGACGGUUUAACACAAAGUGAUUUGACAGUUGAAGAAAAUGGCGAUCAACAAAUACAUAUUAUUAAUUUGUUAAAUAUACAAAAUAAUGGACAAACGCAUUUGCAAAAUGGUUUUAGUGAUAAGGAAACUGCAUUACAAGAAUCUGAAAACAUUUUAAAUCUUGAUGUUCAAAAUGGAUUUUCAGAUGUUGGUAACAGUGACAACAAAUUGAACAGGGUGCUCCAAGAUAAAGCCCAGGACACUAAAAGCUCAACUUUUAACAGUUUAAAUCAACUAAAUAUCAUGAAUUCUUUACCGAAGGAUAAUUUAGUUUCAGAUUUGACUGAAAAUGGUGUAAUUUGCACCUGUCAGGAGUCCCUGGUGACGAAAAAGGUGAACGCCUUCCGCAUAGUCAACACGUGCCAUCCGCCCCCGACUUAUAACGACAUGUUAUUUAUUUUAAGAGAAAUCGAAAGAGUUGGCCAUGAUAUCGUUAUUUAAAUUUAAUAUUAAGAAACUGAACCAAAAUUUAUAUUAACAGCUUUAAUUUAACAAUAAAAUAAUAGACAAAUUUAAUAAUAUUUAGACCAAAUACACGUUAUCCUUCGUAUUGCUGAAAGUUUAUGGAAAAAUCAAUGUGUAU